UGGCCUGAAACUUGCUGUGUACACUAGGCUGGGCUUGGGCUCACCGACAUCGGCUUGCCUCUGCCGUUCAAGCACUGGGCUGAAAGACAUGUUCCACCAUCUAAGCCAACACUUUGGAUUCUCAGGGCUACAAAUAGGGACACCCAGUUGUUACGCUCCCACAGCUGAAACGCCAGCAGCAGAGUGAGGAUGACCCGGCCCCUGGAGCAGGCAGUAGCCGCCAUUGUGUGCACCUUCCAGGAGUAUGCUGGGCGCUGCGGGGACAAGCACAAGAUCUGCCAGUCGGAGCUCAAGGAGCUGCUGCAGAAGGAGCUGCCCACUUGGACCCCGAGUGAGUUCCGGGAGUGUGACUAUAAUAAGUUCAUGACCCUUCUGGAUACCAACAAGGACUGUGAGGUGGACUUCAGCGAGUACGUGCGCUCGCUUGCCAGCCUCUGUCUGUACUGCCACGAGUACUUCAAGGACUGCCCCCCCGAGCCCCCCUGCCCCCAGUAGCCCCUGAUCCUGGAAGGACAGGGUCUGCUCCAUUGCUGUCCCUGAUGUGCUAACCCUGGCUACUCAGGAGCUUUAGCAGCUUUCCUAGGGAUGUCAAGGUAGCGAGGGUAGCCAGCCUGCGCUUCCCUUUGUGGAAGGACAACAUCCGUGCUCACACUUUGGAGGCUCAGUCAUGUGCGCACAAUUGGGACUGCUGUGGCCGGCGCCUGCUCAG